AUGUCAUUCCUUUUUCUUUUCUUUUUCUUUUCUUUUUCUUUUCUUUUUUUUUCUUUUUCUUUUCUUUUUCUUUCGCUUCACAUUUCUAUCCUUCGCUCGCUACGUUUUUUUCUUUUAGUAUUUCUUUUCAUUUUUUUUUCUUUCGUUUCUGCUUUCCUUCUCAUAUUGGCGAUCGAUUUUAGUUUCAACUUAUUUUCUCUUCCUCCUUUCUUCAUUUUUUUUUCUUUAUUACGUCUGUUUCCUUUCGAUUUUCUUCUUAAUAUUUUUAUAGUCUUUCUCUUCUCUCUCUAUGUCUUUGGGCCUUUUUCUCUUUCUUUCUUUUUUACUUACUUUUCUUGUUUGCCCGUAACUUUUUAUAUAUUUGUCGAUAUAAUAGUUUCUUUCUUUCUUUCUUUCUUUCUUUCUUUCUUUCUUUCUUUCAGUUGCCUCUAUUCUUUACUCCUUUUACUUUUCUUUUUUGAUGUAGUGUUUUUCUUUCUUUCUUUCUUUCUUUAUUUUCUACUUUCAUUUCUCUUUUAUUUUCUUUCUUUCUUUUUUCACUCUUUCUUUUCCCUUCUUUCUUUCUCUUUCUUUCUUUUUCUUUCUUUCAUAUUUCUUUCCUUAUUUCUUUCUUCCUUCCUUCUUUCUUUCUUUCUUUCUUUCUUUCAGUUACCUCACUUUAUUUUUCCUUGUACUCGUCCUUUUUGCUCUUUGAAUUUAUUUUCUUUUUUGAUGUCGCGAUUUCCUUCUUUUUUACUUUCUUUAUUUUUUUCUUUUUUCUUUCUUUUUUCUUCAUUUCUUAUUCUUUCUUUCUUUCUUUCUUUUUUCAUUCUAUUUCUUUUUCUUUUUUUCUUUCUUAUUUCUUUCCUACUUUCUUUCUUUCUUUCAGUUACCUCAAUUUAUUUUUCCUUGUACUCGUCCUUUUUGCUUUUUGAAUUUAUUCUCUUUUUUGAUGUGAUUUCCUUCUUUCUUUCUUUCUUUCUUUCUUUCUUUCACUUUACUUUCUUCUUUACUCUUUCUGCAUUUCUUAUUUUCUCUUGGCGUUUUCUUUCCUUUUUUCUUUCUUUCUUUGCUUUUAUUGUUUCAUUUCCCAUAUUUGAUGUUACUCUCUUCUUCUUUUCUCAUUUCCUAUUUUUUCUCCUCUUUAUACAAUUUUUUCUUUUUCCUUUCUUUGCUGUCAUAAUUUCUUUUUUUUUUUCUUUUCUUGUCUUUCUUUUUACCUCCCCUCUUCCUUUUUUCCAGAUUUCUUUUAAUUCCUUCCUUCUUUUUCCCCAUCGAUUUCCUCUCUUUCAUUUUUCUUCCUAUCUUUCAUGUUCUUCUUUCCUUCUUUUUUCUUUCUUUGAGAAUUUAACUCUUCAUCACUCUUCCUUUUUUCUUUCUUUCAAAAUUUUGUUGAGACUUUUUUCCCGCACAUUUUAUUUCCCCGCAUAUUUUAUUUCCCGCGCAUUUUAUUUCCCGCCUUUUUUAUUCUCUUCUUUCUUUCCACUUUAUCUAUCUAUCUCUCUCUCUCUCUCUAUAUAUAUAUAUAUAUAUAUAUAUAUAUCGCAUUCUCUGUCUAACGCAAUCUCUAUCUUUCUAUCCAUAUAUCGCACUAUCUAUCUAUCUAUCUAUCUAUCUAUCUAUCUAUCUAUCUAUCUAUCUAUCUAUCUCAGUCGUCUGUUCAUAUCUAUCUAUCUAUCUAUCUAUCUAUCUCUGGAUAUGUUCAUUAUCUAUCUAUCUAUCUAUCUAUCUAUCUAUCUAUCUAUCUAUCUAUCUCAGUCUGUUAUCUAUCCAUCUAUCUAUCGCAUUAUCAGUCUAUCAGUCUGUCUAUCGUAG